UGCACAGAUCAUCAGGGAGCUGAGCAGGCAACACCGAUCUCUUUGGGACUCUAAUUAACCACAGAGAGAGCUACAUCCCUCACCACCGACAGCCUUACAGCAAAACGCGCAGCCGAGAGCUUAAGACACAAACUCUAGAUCACAGACAGCAUGGGACUACUGCGUGUUGAAGAGCUGGUCACUGGGAAGAGAGGCGAGGGAAAGUUGUCAGGAGGUGCUUGUGCAGAGGUGUUUGGUGCAGGACCAGCAUCAUUCAGCAUCAUUCAGGAGAAACAGGAUGGACUUCAGAUACAACAGGACCUGAAUGACAGCGCCCAGAAUGACGUCAAACCAAGCGACGAGAACCUCAAACUCAAUGUUGACCGAUCAGGACAGCUAAAACUAGAAACUGUCGAAGAUCUGUUCAAUAUCUUGCAGCUGAGAAAGAGGAGAAAGGAAAGGAAGAUUCAAAUGCCAAAGAAACAGCCAGAGCUUGAUAUCCUGCCUGAAACAGUGGACCAGGGUUUGUUCUUAAAGGCUGUCACAGAGAAUAAAAUGCCUGUUGUUGAGAAAUAUUUAGCAGAUGGUGGAGACCCCAAUGCCUGCGAUCAUUUUAAGCGCUCUGCUCUGCAUAAAUCCAGUGCCCAAGGUCACGCAGAGAUCAUGCAGAAGCUCCUGGAGAGUGGAGCAUCCAUGGAUCAAAAAGACAAGCUGGAUGCCACAGCUGUGCACUGGGCCUGCAGAGGUGGAAGCCUGCCUGCCCUGGAGCUGCUUCUCAAUAAAGGAGCUAAAUUUAACUCCAGAGACAAGCUGUGCAGCACACCCCUUCAUGUUGCAGUUCGGACCGGACACUACGAAUGUGCUGAAUUUCUUAUUCAUUGUGGAGCUGAUGUAAAUGCGAAAGACAGGGAGGGGGACACACCUAUGCACGACGCGGUGAGGAUAAACAGAUUUAAAAUGAUAAAACUGCUGAUGAUGUAUGGAGCCAGUCUAAAUGCCAAAAAUAACGAUGGAAAAACACCAAUGGAAACUUUGCUUUCAUGGCAAAAAGGUGUGAAAAACAUCCUGAAUAACUUUAAUGAAGAGGAAGCACCAAAUCAAAAUGUACAACUUUUCAACAUCCAUCUCAAUGCUGAUGUGUUAUAAAUUACUUCUUUCUUUCUUUCUUUCUUUCAUAUUAAAUAAUAAAUUGAACAUUACUUCACAAUUUACAUAAUGAUGACUCUAAUUGCAGGCGAUAGAGCUUCUGAAAUAUUGAUGAGGUUAUUUGUAAAUAUUGUUUUCUCACUUGUCUCACUUGAUUUUGAGAGCAAAGAAUCUUCCGUGAGUGGCACAAGGCAUGAACAUGUGUGAGUGGUUAUGUGUUUGUUUGCUUAUUCGGUGUAAUUAUUUAUUAUUUUUACAUAACUUUUUUCAUGAGUUUUUAAAUGGCAAAAUGUCCAUGGCAGUUCGAGCUACUGGAAAAAUGUUGACAGCCUGGAGACAGAACUAAGUGUUCAGAAAUGAAACAGAAUGUGAAUGCUGGUCUUAGAAUGUUUAUUAUGAUGGAUAUUAUUAUAUUGUAAUUGCUGUGUAAUUAUGGAAUGGAUUUGUGAAAGACUUUGGCACUGGGUAAAUGGACAUCCCUUAUGAAAUGCGCAUUUUGAAAAUCUUUCUUUUAAACUCUCAAAUGUUAUUGUGAAUCGCUUAAAACAUGAGAAUAAAGUGUUUUGGUAUGAGCCAC